UAGAUGGAUUUUUGCUAUUAAAAGUGACAAAAAAUGAUCUUCCUCAUGAAAUAAUCAAAUGCAAUAUGUCAAAAAUGAAUAUAAAUGCAGUAAAUGUAGAAGAUACAUAUUUUUUUAUAAAUUUGGUUUAUUUUGAUUUAAGUGAAAACGAAAUAAAAAUUGAAGAUUUAAUUAAUUUCGCUAAUUUAUAAACAUUAAUAUUAAGCUGUAACAAAAUACAGAAAAUAAAUCUUUCUUUAGAAUAAACAUUCAAUAACUUAGAUACAUUAGACCUUUCGUUUAAUUAUUUAACUAAAGAAUCAAUUUCUAACCUUAAGUAUAUACCUAUGUUGAGGAAAUUAAUAUUAGAAAAUAACGAAUUGAAUGAACUUCCGGAGAAUAUGUCCCAGUUUUAAUUUUUGGAAGAAUUAAUUUUAGACGGAAAUUUAUUUUAGUCAAAUAAUUAUGCGUCUAGUUUUUGGUAUUGUUUGGCAAGUAUAAAAAAGCUAUCAUAUCUUUCUUUAAGUAGAAAUAAUUUAAGAGGUAUUCAUACAGAAAAACUUGUUGCGGGAAAUUUUAUGAGUUUGACAAUUAUUGAUUUUUCAUAUAAUAUUGUAGAGAAUUAACAUAAUUUAAUCUGUGCCAGGAAUUUUAAAAGUCUUCAAAAAUUAAUUAUUACAGGAAAUCCGUUUGCUAUGAGUUAAGAACAUAAAGGUUUAGAAAUGGAAGUUUAUGCAAGAACUGGUGGUAUUGUUGUUAAUGAAGAGGUCGAAAAAUAUUACUUAAAGUAAAAAAAUGAUAAGAUUAGAUUAAAAUUAAAUUCGAUUAAAUAAGGAAAGUUGAAAAUGAUGAUUUUAAAAAAAACAAAAAGAUUAUUUUAUGGGAAUAGAGAUGCCUUAGAUUACUGUUAAACCUACUGA